GAAAAAAAAACAAAAAACAGUCUCAGUGCUUCUUGAUUCAGAAUUCAGUUUAUAAGCUCCCUCGUUUGUUCCCUCCCUUUCCCACAGGACCGUUAUUUUGCCACAAUAGUGUCAUUCCCUCGACUUCACCAACCACACUUCUCGCUUCUAGCUUUGCUGUCUGUGGUAUUCAGACCAGUGAGCAGAAAGAUAACCUAAGGUGUUCUUUUGCUCUUUCCAUCUCUCUCUACUUUUCUCUCUCCUGCACAAAUGAAGCAGCCCCGGAGAAAACAACCAGAGUGGACUUGGGUUGAAAUCUUGUGUUUCGGUUGCACGUGCCUACAGCUCUUUUGGCCGAGAAUUAUUCUGAAGAAAUGGCUCAACAUCAGCUCCAGAGAGUCCGAUUACAGUGCGGAUCCUGACGAAGGUGACAGCGGCUCCGAUUUUGAUGAUGACGGCGUCUGUCGUUGGGGACGAGAUUCGUCCUUUGGAGAUCAGAAAGGUCAGUGCAGUGGGGCCUCUGAAACUCUUCCCAAGUUGAGGAGACGGCAUUCAGAAACCCUUCGAGCUCAAUACAUAAACACCAAAGAACUCAGGAUUUGUGUUGGGACUUGGAAUGUUGGAGGGAAACUUCCGCCUGAUGACCUAGACGUCUCAGAUUGGCUAAAAACGGAUGAGCCUGCCGAUAUGUAUGUGAUCGGUCUUCAGGAGAUUGUCCCAUUAAAUGCUGGGAAUAUCUUUGGUGCUGAGGAUAAUCGUCCAGUUCCAAAAUGGGAAAAUGUUAUUCGUGAAACACUGAACAGAUUUCGACCAGAGAAGCAAAAGUAUAAAUGCUACAGUGAUCCUCCUUCACCAUCAAGGUUCAAGCAAUCAGAGGAUGUCCCUGAUAUAGAAGAUGAAAUCCUUGCUGAAAGUGAUAGUGAUAGAGAUGAGGAAAUCUAUCCAUUGGAUGAUGAAUUUAAUGGUUCUCAUGAAAUCAAGGAUCCAGCCACCACAAGUGAGAAUGCGUUUGUAAGAUCUGAAGCUUCAAACUCCAGUGAAAAUUCCGAUAUAGUAUCAUCAAAGGUACAGGAUUCACAAAGGCAGUUUUCUUCCCCAAAGAGAUUCGAUAGGUUAAAUCUCUUUCAGACAGAGGAUUCCAUGGACAAUGCAGGGACAUCAUCUCCCCAACAGAAUGGCAUAUUAUCUAAAACACUAAGUGGGACAGAAAGGAUUGGUUUGAGCUGGCCCGAACCACCAAUGGACCUGCUAACUAAGCAUGUUUUAGAGAGACCAAAUUCCUUCAAAUCAGUUAAGGCUUUUAAAGCGUCUCACUCUUUUAUGACAUCUACAUGUGGGGAUUACAGAGGGGCAUCAGAAACAGCUUUGCUAACCAAUAUUGAUCUGGAAACCAUUGUACGCCGCAAAAGAUCACCUUUUGUAAGGAUAGUGAGUAAGCAAAUGGUUGGGAUUUUCCUUUCUAUAUGGGUUCGUAGAUGCUUGCGUAGGCAUAUUCAGAACGUGAAAGUUUCUACUGUUGGUGUUGGUGUUAUGGGCUACAUUGGUAACAAGGGAUCAGUGUCUGUGAGCAUGUCUAUAUAUCAAACACUCUUUUGUUUUAUCUGUAGUCACCUAACAUCAGGUGAAAAGGAGGGGGAUAAACAUAAAAGGAAUGCUGAUGUGCAAGAAAUACAUCGGAGGACACAGUUCAAUCCGGUUUCUGCUAUUGGAUUCCCGAAGACCAUCGUUGACCAUGAAAGAAUUAUCUGGUUUGGGGACCUAAAUUAUCGUAUCAACUUAUCAUAUGAGAGGACACGAGAACUCAUAUCCAAAAAAGAAUGGUCUCAGUUGAUUGAGAAGGACCAGCUCAUGAAAGAACUGAGAAAAGGUCGAGUUUUUGAUGGAUGGUCGGAAGGCACUUUAAAUUUUCCACCAACAUACAAAUACGAGUUUAAUUCAGAGAAGUAUUAUGGGGAGGAUCCAAAGGCUGGGAGGCGUAGUCCAGCAUGGUGUGACCGUGUCCUUUCAUUUGGAAAUGGAAUGAGGCUAUUGAACUACAAGAGGGUUGAGCAGAUGCUUUCUGAUCACCGACCUGUGACUGCCAUCUACAUGGCUGAAGUUGAGGUCUGCUGUCACAGGAAGCUCCAAAGGGCACUUACCUUCACAGAUGCAGAGCUAGAAGAUGAAGUUAUAGCAGAUAUGGAACUUGACGUUGGGAUGAACCGGCAAAGGGUUGGAGAGGGCAUAUCAGUUUGGGAGCGAUAAGAAACAUGCUGUAGGGAUGACCCUUAAAUUCUUGAAGAGUGCGUUUGAUGAGUUCCCUUCUAUUAUGGAAUUUUCACACUUACUUUUUACCCAUUCUUUG